GCUUAACGAACCGAUCGGAUCUCCGAGAGCGAUCGGAUAAUUGUUGGAACCAGACUCUCGGCUCGUCUGAGUCUACCAAUCUCGCUACGAAUUACGAAUCAAUCCGCGUGUCAGCCCACGACAAACAAAACUGCCAACGUAUCCAUUGUUUUAGGUUCCGGAAUAGUUGCCCGUUCGAAAUGCCGAGGCCUUCCGUGUGUGGCGGUCAGCCCGUGGCCAGCAACCGGGCACGGUUUUUGCUGGCACUGCUGUUGUUCGCGAACGUAUGGCUCGCCACCGUAGGUACGCAACGGACCGUCUAUCGCGCCGGUGACGAAAUUGUGACCAUAACGCGCACCAAAGUUGACUCGGCCACCGGAGCACCGCCUCCCGGCUACUCUUACUAUAGCUACACGGCCCCCCAGCCGCAACCCGAAAUCGUGUACUACACGAACGCGAACGGGAUCACGACCAAGCAGUAUCAGAGCCCCGCCGGAACUGUGGUUGCAAGCCGUCGUAUCCUCUACGAUGACGGAACGGCGACGUCGGAAGGGCAGGGAUGUUCGCGCAGCCCGUGCGGUGUAGGCGCCACGUGCCAGGAAACGGCUGGCGGCCGCCCGGUCUGCUCCUGUCCCGCUGGCCAUAGCGGCAACCCGCUGGUACAGUGUCGCCGGGAGGAGUGCCUCGAUCAUUCGGAGUGCCGCUUUGAUCAGGCCUGCCGUAACGGGAACUGCGUCAAUCCGUGUGCGGGCGUCUGUGGCGUCAAUGCCAACUGUGAGGUUCGCAAUCAUGUGCCGGUGUGUAGCUGCCCGCGGGGACGAACUGGAGAUCCAUUCAGCAGUUGCCGUCUACAAGAUCCGGAGGAACUGUGCCGUCCCAGUCCGUGCGGAUCCAACACCAAAUGCAACGUUGUCAAUGGCGUUCCAACAUGUUCCUGCUUGACUGGCUACAUAGGUUCACCUCUUUCCGGCUGUCGGCAUGAGUGCGAAUCGGACGUGGAGUGCAGCGGCAACCAGUACUGCAGCCAGUUCAAGUGCGUCAACGGGUGCAACCAGUGUGGAAAGGGUGCAACCUGCGCCCGCGUGACCGGUCACCGUGCGGUUUGUGAGUGUCCGAAGGGCUACAUCGGCAGCCCGUUCACCGAAUGUCGCCCGGAGUGCUUCGGUGAUCGCGAUUGUCCUGGGGGGCGCCCGGCAUGUAUCUACGGUAUUUGCAAGAAUCCGUGCGAAGGAGCGUGCGGUGUUGGGGCAGACUGUAACCUACGAGGGCUGACGCCGAUCUGUAGCUGUCCACGGGACAUGACUGGCGAUCCGUUCAUUAGCUGCCGGCCGUUCACGAAAGAGGAUCUCUGCAGUCCGAACCCGUGUGGCGCGAAUGCUGUCUGCACCCCAGGAUACGAUCGCACCAACCAGGAACGACCGGUUUGUACUUGUCCACCGGGUUACACCGGAAACGCGCUGUCUGCCUGCGUUCGCGGUGAAUGCCAAAGUGAUGCCGAAUGUGCUGAUCAUAAGGCCUGCAUCUCGUACCAGUGCGUCGAUCCGUGCGCUGGGCAGUGUGGAACUGGUGCCCAGUGCCAGGCUAAGCGCCAUCUUGCCGUCUGUACGUGUCCUGCGGGAACACAAGGAGACGCACUCGUGUCAUGCCGGACGGCUCGAAACUAUCCGGUCGCCCGAUACAACAAGAAACGAAGUGUCACUCCCUAAUUCCGCUGCCAACGUGUCACAAAUUUUGCCCGUGCACUGCUCCCCAAUGAUUUGGGGAGCCAAUACGAUAGCACAGCUUCCAUUGUCAACGGGAGUGGAGCCGCCAAUGCUAGUCGUGCGCCAGGACAUCUGUAACACUUGCCCCGGUUAAUCCGUAACUUAUUUAAACUCCAGCUCACUUCUGUAGAAUAACGAACGGUCAAUUAUUUAUCGCUCUUACAGGCUUCGAGAUUGCUAGGUAACACGUUAAAGCUAUGUAGGGUUCAUUUGUUUCAGAAUCCCAGUUCUAAUAAAACGCUAAUGAGUAGAAUGUGAGUCAAACAUUUCAGGUAAACUUCUAAUAAACAAUUCCAAACCAUGA